AUAGGGUUGUUUUCAUCAGUGAUACCAAUUAGAUUGAUUACCUGAUGAUCAUAUAAGAAUACGUUAAAUACCGAUUGGGAAAGGAGAAAUUAUUUUUUUUACGGGUUCAGAGGAAAACCUGAAAACAUGUGGAAAUCUUCGCAAAAAACGUUGAUUGCUCCCUUUGUUGUCACCCCCUAUAAUAAAAGAAUUAAAAGAAGAAAUACAGAGUGGCUUACGUAUUCUCACCAUGGAACAAACCAGUCGUGCACACAUGGCAGCAAAGUUCAGCAGCCAUUAACGCGUAUUGUUAUCAUCUUUUCGCAAGGUCAAGUUGUUGGUGUGAAGCGUGCAAAAGCUAUUGAACUUAUAAUGGGUAUAUUUAAAGACUGUGAAGCAAUAUUUAUGUCCAAGGUUGGUGUGUAUUUAUUGUUUGACAUUCCACAAUCCAUCAAGGACAUGCAAACCAGAGGCCUGUUUAAACAACAAGGACUCUUUGACGAUAUAAAUUCGACAGAGUUUAUCAUUUGGCGACAAAAUGGAUCAGGUUGUUUAAUUUCUCAAGAUAACGCAGACAGUUCUGUUUCAUUCAAACGUUUACGAGCAUAUCUCGGCGAUUUUCAAAAUUCUAUCUGUGUUCAGUUUCACGAAUUGAAAAGGGAGGAGCCUAUUAAAUCGUUAGAUGCCGCUCCCGAAAUACCGUUGCCGUUGCAUCAGCGUCUGUUUCCGAAUGAACGAAAACAAUACGUUUGGACAACAUACCCGGGAAUCUCAAAGGAAAGACUUGACAGCGAGAAAGCUGAAAUUGUAACAUCAGGAAGUAGUUUUGAUGCGCGCAAAAUACUAGUCAAAAGGGAAGAAGAUAACUCGCAUAAUAUCGUUGCUAAUUCUCUAGCCGAUUCGGCAAUUAGCAUACCGGAAUCUUUAUCAGAUAACAGAGGUUCUAUUAGUAAAGUUAUCGUGGGCUCGCCGUCCAAUAUAAAUGUCUCGCGAUAUGUGUCACAUAGUGAACAAUGGCUCACACAUUCACAGGAUGUCAGAAAGCCUCCACGAUACCCGCGGUAUACUAUAGAACGGAAUCGGGUUGAGUCUUUCUCCCAUUGGCCACAUGAUAAACCUACGCCAAAGGAAUGUGUCGAGUCUGGCUUCUUUUAUACUGGCGAUGGUGAUAUGAUAAGGUGUUUCCGAAUGCGGCAUUGGUCUGAAAGACUUCAGUACUGAGGACAAACCCAUGAAUGAACACAUUAAGCAUUCAGGAACGUGUCAAUAUCUUCUAAAUCUGUUUGGAGCGGAGGAGCUAAAAUAUAAACGGGAUCAAUUAGAAACCAUCGACCCAGAUAAUAUACGGUGUCGCCAAUAUGCAGAAUUCCAAAGGAAUCGAGGAACAGUUUCCGGAAAUCGGACCGAUAGAAAUCCUGAGUACAAAACGUUGGAGUCACGAAUUGUAUCCUAUGAGAGCUCCAACUUCCGUUGUGCUAAAAGACCAUAUCAAUUAGCUGAAGCCGGUUUUUUCUACACAGGCGUUGGGGACCACGUUAGGUGUUUUUCUUGUAAUGGAGGAUUACGAAACUGGGAGAUCAAUGACGAUCCGUGGACUGAACAUUGCAAAUGGUUUCCUGCGUGCAAAUUUGCAAACGAAACUAAAGGGGAGACCUUCAUUGCGCACAUUCAGCAGAUGGACGAACCUGCAAUGGCGAUGAUGAAUUCUGCAGCAAGUUCAUCCGCUACAACUUACCCCAUAAAUCGCGAUCAGGACCUUGUCGCCAUAAAGAUCGCGUGCAUAGAAGAAAUGGGAUUCAGCGAAGAUGUUUUCGAUAAAGCAGUCUAUCAAUUGAAGCUUGAAGGAUAUAAUCAUCCUCAAAUAGAUGACGUCAUUAAUCGUAUUGCUUUGAUUCAAACUGAAAUGAACCAGACUGUUGCUGAAAGUUUGAAUACAUCCGAGGCAAUACAAGAAGAAAAUCAACGUCUAAAGAGCAUGCUGAUAUGCUGCAAAUGUUCCACAAGAAACACCAAUGCGUUGUUUCUCCCAUGCGCCCAUCACGUGAUGUGCAUGGAAUGUGCAAGUGAUGUGAUCAGAUGUCCUGUUUGUAAUAGGGGCGUCAGUGAUACCGUCAAGACCUACAUGGGAUAAACGUAAUGAUUUUUAUUCGACAAAUAGUCGUCCAAUCGGAUCAAUAUAUUUUGAUCGAAAACCCACCUUGGACUUUAUUAAUCAAAGCACUCAGCAUUAGGCUUCGUCACAUUAAAUUUGUUAACAGUAUCUACAAGAUUUUAAAAAUAAGUUGCAUUCGGAUUUUAAAAAUAUGUAAUUAUCCCUUACAUGAAAAAUUAUAUUGUAGUAUAAUAAAAACGACCAUGUCGAUAACGA